AUCAAUCAGUGUGGCAAGCAACGCACAAAAGAACAUGUAAAAUAAACCAUUUUAAACUGCAAACUCAACAAAAUGUUUGUCAAUUCAUAACUGUAGGAUAAAAUAGCAGUUAUGUACUUCGCAGUUGAUGACCUUUAUCUGAUUAGAUAUUGGGAAGUGUGGGGCGUAUAACUGAGUGCCAUUUUAGACGAAGGCCUGGAUUACUUGAAGGACAUACAUUCAAAACAUAUAUUUUUCAAAGGAACCAGCCACCAUGGAAAGAAUCCGAAUGUUAUUUGAGCAAAAUCAACACCUUGUUUCAGGAUUUCUGGAUAAUUUUUAUCAAGAAACAGACCUAUUUGGGACAGCAAGCUCGAAUGAUGCUAUCAAGAUAUUACAAACACAGAUAGUUUCAUUAAUAGGUGAAAACUCAGGAGAAGUGUCACAGGCAGCUUUUGAGAACAAUGCUUCGUCUUCCCAAAGAUGUCAGGGAAAAGCGAUUGAUAAAGGUGAAAACUCAGCAGACAUGUCAAAGGCAGCUGUUGAAGACAAUGUUAGUUCUCCUCAAAGACAUCAGAGCAAAGCAAUUGAUGAAGAUGAAAACUCGGGAGAAGUGCCACAGGCAGCUGUUGAGGACAAUGCUAGUUUUCAAAGACAUCAGAGCAAAUCAGUUGAUGAAGAUGAAAACUCAACAGGAGUGUUAGAAGCAGCUGUUGAAGAUAAUGCUACUUCUUCUCAAAGAUAUCAGAGCAAAUCAAUUGAUAAAGAACCUACCACCAGUAGAAUCCGAAUAUUAUUUGAGCGACUACGUCACUUACUCUCAGGAUUUUUGGUAUAUCGGCGAAGAAAAAGUACAGAUGUGUCGAAGAUGCCGGAAAAUGCUACUAUCGUUCAAGCAGAAAGAGCUACGGUGCAGCUUUUCAGUUCACAUAUUGGAAAUACAAUAAAGGAUAUAGAAGUGCAUUUUAUAGAACUGCUAAUGAAGAAGCUGAAAAAUGCCAAUUUUGUCAAAUGCAACGAACUCAAAGACAUAGAUUGGAAAAAGAUGCUAAUUGUUCUGUGUAUCAUUUCAUCUAGAGUAGCAACAGACGCAGCGUACGCUAUAAACGACAUUAAAAAUCCAGCAAACACUGUUCUCAUGCUUAUCCAUAACAAAGAAAGUCAUGCCUUGCCCAAACUUACCAGUUCAUUUGUCCUUACUGACCAGGAAUUCCAGAAUUUAGGAGGCGUAUUUGAUUUGGCGUUUUUUGAAAGAAGAGGAAUAUAUCAAUGUGAAAUGAACGACAUUGCUUUAGAUAAAGUCUGCACCUUCAUAAAGAAAAACUGGGGAGACACAAACUGAUGGCAUGAUAGUCAUUUAGAGUGCUAAAGAUAUAGAUCUACAGAGGGCCUAAAUAAUUCUGACUUCGUAAGCAAAUUAGUGGUGAAUUAUUUCACACAAUUACUUAAAUACAUAGGGUAAUUUAUCGGUUAGACAAUCUGUUGCAAUUUAAUUGUUGAUAAAUUUCAGUGAAAAUAACUCGUCGAUUGUUAGUUUAAAGUUUUUUUUUCAUUAAUAUGUGAAACCUUGUAUUCUAAAUGAACACUUGUACAAUUUGAUACUGUUUAAAUUCAAAGAAAGUUUUGUUUGUUCAAAGAAGCAAGUAUAUGAAUUAUGCCAAUUAGUCAUAGAUAAAAAUGUGUAAGAGUGUUUAGUUCUUAUAACUUUGCAACUCUAAAAACGUUAUUUUGACACAUUAAGGUAUACAUCACGAUUUGUUGAGUACUAAAGCCCAAAGCGCUACUCAUAUUUGGGUUUGAGAACAGGUUUUUCGAUAGAUAUCCGUCAAUUUCAAACUGCAAUCAUAGAUAACCUGAUUUAGAUAUUUUGUUUUGUAAACCAGUCUAUAAUUGACUCAUUUGACUGAGAACUAGCUCGGGAGAUUGUACCACAAAAACACAUUUUAAUACA